UCUUCUACAUCCUCCGACUUCAAUUCUUAGCAGAAACAAAUAUGAUGAACAUUUUGGCUCUAUCGUUAAUCCUCAUCACACUGGGAGCCAGCGGGAUCUUCUCUCCGAAUGCAGACACAAAAGCUGUAGUGGUCGAAUUCGAGAAAGACAAUAACAAUGGCGGCGGCAACACUAAGGUUUCGAUUUCGCCGCAAGAAGCGGCGCAGAACUCGCGGCUAGAGAAGGGGUACGUUUUGAAUGCGAUGGAGAAGAUUUCCGAGAAAGCAGAGGAAGUGAAACAGAGGUUCAAGGACGCCGCCGCCGUUCUUCCAAACGUCGGCGAAGGGAUUUCCGGUCAUCAGGAGGAGGAGGAGGAAGUUAAGGAGACGGCCAAAGAGGCCGCCGAGAAAGUGAAGACCGCCGCAAAGGAAAAGGUAACGGAGAAGGUGAAAGAUAGGCGAAAAAAGGAGUUGAAGGACAUUCUUCGGCGAGGCGGGGAAGUGUUGUACGAUGCAUUCGAGUACAUUUUCUCGCCGGAGAAUCUGACCGCCGUGUUCGGAACGGCGCAUUUGCUAGGGCUAGCCACCGCCUACGGGAUGUGCGUGUGGGUAUCGUUCAUAUCAAGCUACGUCUUAUCUACGGCGCUGCCCAGACAGCAAAUCGCCACAGUCCAGACCAAACUCUACCCGUUAUAUUUCAAGGCAAUGGGUUAUAGCAUCGGAGCGGCGUUUUCCGGCCAUUUCUUGGGGCAAACACGGUGGCCGUACUCGAGCGCCACGGAGGCGUACCUUGGGUUUAAUCUUGUGGCGGCGCUUAUAAUGGUUUUGGUGAAUUUGGUGUACCUGGAGCCUAGAGCGGCUAAGGUGAUGGUUGAAAGGAUGAAGAUGGAGAAGGAAGAAGGGAGAGGGAUGAACGGAGAGGGAAGCGGCGGCGGCUCGCCGGGAAUGAUGAAGCUGAGCAAGAGGCUGAAGAAGUUGAAUUCACAGUCGUCGUUUCUAAACGUGCUUACACUGAUGGCCAUGACUUUGCACCUCGCCCACAUUGCUCAACGUGUUCAUACUGUGUGCUAAACACGAUUUUCUGUUUACGUCAGAUUAAUCUUAAUUCGAACCUAAACUAAUUUUAACUCGAUGAAGUAAAUCGCGAGUCGUCCAAACAA